CAGAGGGUCGAGGACUGAGUGCCCCGAAGUAGGCUUAGCGCCUGCGCGUUGCGGGUUUCGGGGCCUCCGGCCUGAAAGAGGAGCAGGGAAGAUGGCGGCUGUGGUGGAGAAUGUAGUGAAGCUCCUUGGGGAGCAGUACUACAAAGAUGCCAUGGAACAGUGCCACAAUUACAAUGCCCGCCUCUGUGCCGAGCGCAGUGUGCGCCUGCCUUUCUUGGACUCCCAGACCGGAGUAGCCCAGAGCAAUUGUUAUAUCUGGAUGGAAAAGCGACACCGUGGACCAGGAUUGGCCUCUGGACAGUUGUACUCCUACCCUGCCCGGCGCUGGCGGAAAAAGCGUCGAGCCCACCCACCUGAGGAUCCCAGGCUUUCCUUUCCGUCUAUUAAACCAGACACGGACCAGAGCCUGAAGAAAGAGGGGCUUAUCUCUCAGGAUGGCAGCAGUUUAGAGGCUCUGUUGCGUACUGACCCCCUGGAGAAGCGAGGCGCUCCAGAUCCCCGUGUUGAUGAUGACAGCCUGGGAGAGUUUCCUGUCACCAACAGUCGAGCGCGGAAGCGGAUCCUUGAACCUGAUGACUUCCUAGAUGACCUUGAUGAUGAAGACUAUGAAGAAGAUACUCCAAAGCGUCGGGGGAAGGGGAAAUCCAAGAGUAAAGGUGUGAGCAGUGCCCGGAAGAAACUGGAUGCUUCCAUCCUAGAGGACCGGGAUAAGCCCUAUGCCUGUGACAUUUGUGGAAAACGCUACAAGAACCGACCUGGCCUCAGUUACCACUAUGCCCAUUCCCACCUGGCUGAGGAGGAAGGAGAGGACAAAGAAGACUCUCAGCCACCCACUCCUGUUUCCCAGAGGUCUGAGGAGCAAAAAUCCAAAAAAGGACCUGAUGGUUUAGCCCUGCCCAACAACUACUGUGACUUCUGCCUGGGGGAUUCAAAAAUCAACAAGAAGACAGGACAGCCUGAGGAGCUAGUGUCCUGUUCUGACUGUGGCCGCUCAGGGCACCCGUCCUGCCUGCAGUUCACCCCUGUGAUGAUGGCAGCUGUGAAGACCUACCGCUGGCAGUGCAUCGAGUGCAAGUGCUGCAACCUCUGCGGCACCUCGGAGAAUGACGACCAGCUGCUUUUCUGUGAUGACUGUGACCGUGGCUACCACAUGUACUGCCUCACCCCGUCCAUGUCUGAGCCUCCUGAAGGAAGCUGGAGCUGCCACCUGUGUCUGGAUCUGCUGAAGGAGAAAGCGUCCAUCUACCAGAACCAGAACUCCUCCUGAUGUGCCACCCAGCUCCUCACACAUCUAAGGCUGUUGCUCUCCACCUUGGUUUUCAUGCCCCUUCUCUUCUUCUUUCAUUCUGGUAGUCCUGCCAACCUGCCUUUGGCAACAUUGCAGGGAGGUGGCAACUCUUGACUGCCUCUGGCCCCACGCCCUCAGGGAGUAAGGAGCAGCACGCUGCCCCAGGGCUGACCUGUGGGCCCAACUUCUCUCUGCUCUCCAAGAAGUGCAUUCACUCUGCUUGCCUUGGGCCCAAGUCCCUGGUAAUCACAGGGUUCAAAUGGGGUCCUCUGAGGAGGAAUAUGAGAGCAGCUCACUUGUCUCAGGCUUAGCCUAGCCCCCCCCUCACCUCGGGUUUCCAAAAGCCCCAGGGGUAAGCUAGGCCUGGCCUUUGCUGGGAGCAGCUGGAGUGAUCAGGCUGAAGUGGCACUUGCUAGGACCUUUUCAUACCCCUUGUUCUGCUUCACUUUGCCUCUGCCAAAGCAGUCCUAUGUCCUCUGUUUUGCUUCAUGGGUCCUGUGCUUGAAUUGGGAUGCUCUCAGGCACCGUCUGGCUCUGUCCUGUCCUUCCCAGUCCCAGAGACAAGCAGCUUCACCUGUUCUUCCUGCGCUUGGCUGACUCACUCCCCAUUUCCCAUCCUCAGAACUUCGUGUCUUCUGCCUCCUUCCUUAUUCCCUUUGGUUUUGAGGGGAGAGGGACAAUGUCAGUGGCUGUGCCAGCAGCUUGGGGGCCACAAGGAGAAGUUGGAUAAUGUGCCUGUUUUUUAACUCGAUAAAAAAGCCUACCUCCAAAAUCCCCUUUUCAUUCUUCCUGAACCUGGACAUUCAGCGCCCUGCCCUUAACUGAAUCAGGAGCCUCUGCCUCCUGCCUGUGUAUCCUGGCUCUUGGGUCACAGGGAGGUCCCCAUUCCUUGCACGCUAGCUAGCAGCUGGUAAAGUCUUCACACCCUGAUUUUUCUGUUUCCUGCUUAGUGGCACUGACAUUAAGUAGAAGGGGACAGCCCAUGCCAGGACACUCUGGAAUGGCCUUCCUCCUUGGCUUGUGGGCAGGCCCUAACUGUUGUUUUCUGCAAAGUUGAGGCCCCCUCCUCCCAUCUUUAGUUCCUGUAUUCAAAUCAUUAGUAAAAAUAAACAUUUUUACACAGAGCA